GCCUUUCCUGGCCGUUCCCUCCUUCUGGCCGAGGUGCCUGCGUUUAGGGGUGUCACCCUGGCUCCCGGGACGCCGCCUCCGGAGAUUUAAGCGAGAACUGGAGUAGGUCGUGUACUUGGAGCGGACGAGGAAGCCAAGAGCUCGGACAGAGGCGGAGAGGGGCGGGAAGCGCAACAGGUCACCUGGAGGAAGCCCCAUACUGACCUCCUCAUGCUGCUGACACAGGCAGGAUGGCAUUGAACUCAGGGUCACCUCCAGGAAUCGGACCUUGCUAUGAGAACCACGGGUAUCAGUCUGAGCACAUCUGUCCUCCGAGACCACCAGUGGCUCCCAAUGGCUACAACUUGUAUCCAGCCCAGUACUACCCAUCUCCAGUGCCUCAGUAUGCUCCGAGGAUUACAACGCAAGCCUCAACAUCUGUCAUCCACACACAUCCCAAGUCCUCAGGAGCACUGUGCACCUCAAAGUCUAAGAAAUCGCUGUGUUUAGCCCUCGCCCUGGGCACUGUCCUCACGGGAGCUGCUGUGGCUGCUGUCUUGCUUUGGAGGUUCUGGGACAGCAACUGUUCUACGUCUGAGAUGGAGUGUGGGUCUUCAGGCACAUGCAUCAGCUCUUCUCUCUGGUGUGACGGGGUAGCACAUUGUCCCAACGGAGAAGAUGAGAACCGUUGUGUUCGUCUCUACGGACAAAGCUUCAUCCUCCAGGUUUACUCAUCUCAGAGGAAAGCCUGGUAUCCCGUGUGCCAGGAUGAUUGGAGUGAGAGCUACGGGAGAGCAGCAUGUAAAGACAUGGGAUACAAGAACAAUUUUUAUUCUAGCCAAGGGAUACCAGACCAGAGCGGGGCAACGAGCUUUAUGAAGCUGAAUGUGAGCUCAGGCAACGUUGACCUCUAUAAAAAACUCUACCACAGUGACUCAUGUUCAUCCCGCAUGGUGGUUUCUUUGCGCUGUAUAGAAUGCGGGGUUCGCUCAGUGAAACGCCAGAGCAGGAUUGUGGGUGGAUUGAAUGCCUCACCAGGAGACUGGCCCUGGCAGGUCAGCCUGCACGUCCAAGGCGUCCACGUCUGCGGAGGCUCCAUCAUCACCCCCGAGUGGAUUGUGACGGCCGCCCACUGUGUGGAAGAACCCCUCAGCAGCCCGAGGUACUGGACGGCAUUUGCGGGAAUUCUGAGACAGUCUCUCAUGUUCUAUGGAAGUAGACACCAGGUAGAAAAAGUAAUUUCCCAUCCAAAUUACGACUCUAAGACCAAGAAUAACGACAUUGCUCUCAUGAAGCUGCAGACACCUUUGGCUUUUAAUGAUCUAGUGAAGCCAGUGUGUCUGCCGAACCCAGGCAUGAUGCUAGACCUAGACCAGGAAUGCUGGAUUUCGGGGUGGGGGGCCACCUAUGAGAAAGGGAAGACCUCGGACGUGUUGAAUGCUGCCAUGGUACCCUUGAUCGAGCCCUCCAAAUGUAAUAGUAAAUACAUAUACAACAACCUAAUCACACCAGCCAUGAUCUGUGCCGGCUUCCUCCAGGGGUCUGUCGACUCUUGCCAGGGAGACAGUGGAGGGCCGCUGGUUACUUUGAAGAAUGGGAUCUGGUGGCUGAUUGGGGACACGAGCUGGGGCUCGGGCUGUGCCAAGGCACUCAGACCUGGAGUAUACGGGAACGUGACGGUAUUUACAGAUUGGAUCUACCAGCAAAUGAGGGCGAACAGCUAAUCCACGUGGCUUUGUCCCAGACUUCCUUUGUCUUCAACAACCUUCUGCAAGAAAACCAAGGGCCUGAAUUUUAACUUCCUGUGCACAAUGUACCUUUUGAGAUGAUUCGAAGGGCCUUUCACUUUUAUUAAACAGUGACUUGUUUGACUGUGCUCCCUGGUCCUGUGAGGGCUUCAGUGCCCCACCCCUGGGCCACUUCUGCAGCUCCCACCAGAAUGGAUGACCAGAUUCUGUUGGGUUUGGGCACAUAGGGCCAAAGGCAGAGGAGGGUGGCACUCUCAUGUUGGAACUUCUUUUGGGCUCAUGCUCAGGCCUUUUUUGGAUCACUAAGGACUAUGACCUCUGAGUAACCUGAUGACCUGAGAAAGAGUAAGGAGGCCAGGCAGGGCCUUGGGCCCAGGAACAGGUACCUUGAGAGUGAGAGCUACCCAUUGCCUGUGGCCUAAAUCUGCUGUGCAGGUUGGGCUGGUCAUACUGUCAUGAUUUCAUUAACAGCCUGGGUGAACAUGGCUGGGAGUAAAGGGCUUGCUCUCCUGCAUGUUGACAUGACGGCCCUUUCCAAGGGUGAUGGAGGCUUUCCCAAGCUAAGGGCCUAGGCAGAUCUCUCAGAGCAAGAAGCUAAUGCCGGCAUGUCCCUUGGGUGAGCUCUACAUGGUGUUAUUCAGUCUGGUUCUUGGCUCCCCACUACUGUUUCUCUCAGCCUCUCAGAGCCUGAAACUUACCUCUUAGCUUUGGCUACAGGCAUGGCCUAGUACCUGAUGGAGCCUGUAUAGCUCAGCUAAUCAAAUGGAGGCUCAGGUCCAUCAGAAUCAGGGACUUGUGAUUUCAGUCACCUUGCUUCUGGGUUGUGUUUCUUCUCUUACUACCUCACUGCACCUGGACACUAGAGUGGAUGAAUGUCUGGAGUUCACCUGCAUUUGGACUGUGUGAUUGUGCCUCAGACACUAGACCUCUUCCAGAUGGUUAGGUUGUUCUGUAGACUGGCAAUGAGAUUAGAAGUUCCUAGCUUCAGAUAAAGAUGAAAGAGAGGAGAUCAUUGUCUUCUGUCUUCUUCUGGCCCUGGGUUUAUACCAGGAAAGCCAUGCCAGAAUUACCAAAUAUGAAGUAUGAAUGUCUUACCCACGGUGAGGCUCUGCCUCCUUCUCUCUGCCUGGUUCUUCAGAAGGCAGUGAAUGGGUCAUAACUGGGACUCCAUCUUUGCUGGGGAAAGUCUCCCACCUAGGGAAUGGUUACCACUCCAUGUAAAGAAAACUCCCUCAUGCGUCCUCUGGGACCUUCUUAGAUGCUGUAAGGUACCUACAUACAGACUAAAUGUGCAAGCACCUUGAAGUGUGAGAACCUGUCCCCUCCUUAGCUCUCCUUGUCUUUGCUGUUGGUUGGUUAUUUCCUGCUUUGUGUCUGUUCUGAGCUGUGAGAUUCCACUGUGAAAUAUAUGAAUAAAGUAUAUAAUUCUUUUAA